AGAGCAACACGCUUCAUAACAUAAACAUAUGAAGUCAAGCGAUGAAAUGGUGUUUUGAAUGGAUACCGCCACAACAAUCAACGUCCAAUAUUUGUUUAAUGUCAUUGAUCACAUUCUUACGGGUACAUGGUGGUGUAGGGAGGAUCAUAUUUCAUCCCUUGAGAAACGUCAACAUGGGUAGAACUGGCAUAGUGCUUCUUUUUUUCGGGCUUGUGGCAGGGGCGUCGUGCGACGUUUGUCUCUCAACGUCUAUCGUCAUCCGUCGCCACAGAUGUAUGAUCAGUGUAUUGCAGCAAAGGUGUACGUCCGGUGCUUAGUGGGGAGCUCUGGUUCCGGGUGUGACAAGCGACCGAGCAGGCUGACAACAGCAGUCGCUGAGGUACAGAGAGUUAACGGAAUAUCAGGAAAGACUUGCGAACUGACGGACUCCUGUCUGUGCCAGGCGAACUUCUAUCGUUCAGACAUAACCGAUCACUUGAAGCUUUGCUACGCGAGUGUUGUGCAGAACCAGUGUGCAAUAGAUGCCUCCAGCCCGGCCUGUGACGACACAACGACGAACACGGUGUUCCGGGUGUCAACGUCUGUGACCUGGGUGAACGCCUGCAAGAGCACAGGUUCAGCUCCAGUCCAGUCAAUGAUGACCGUCGCCAUAGUAACAACCCUGGCGGCACUACAGCGACAUCUAUAGAACAACACCGACUACCGACAAUCAAACGUCGGUCUCAGAUUAUGAGAGAAUGUCAGUUUAGAAAGUACUGUUUUCGCCAUGCGUUGAAAUGGCAACCAAUCCUUUGGCCGAGUUAUCUUGGCUUGUCUUAAGAAAUAUAUAUAUAUACAAUAUAACAUCAUAAAUUGUUUCCUGUUGACCACCACAGACAUGUUGACUAGAUUUGCAUAUUAUUAAUAACAUUUAUUGUAUACAUCUACUAACCAAGGUGUUUAGGUGGAAAUUCCCUCGGGUAUUUUAUAAUCAAAACCUAUUGCAUUAACAUUAUGUCAUGCAAGUUUUUAAACUCCUAAAAUAAGGUAUACAUGUUGCUGUUUCAAGGCAUACAGUGCCACAGUAUACUGGUUUGAUAAGAAAUGAUAUGUUUUUAAUCUUCUUUUUGGAAUUUGUGUACACAACAUAGAAUCUGUUAAUAAUUCUAUUUAGUAAUAUAGAGUUAUAUAUUUAUUUAUUUUAUUAGACACGCUCUUUUUCUUUUCAUGUUUAUUCAGUGUUUAGCAAACAUUUGAAUAUGUUUAAUUAAAGUGUUUUUUACCCAAAAUAUACUUUUUUUCAGCAACGAAUUAUUAAUUUUUUGUAUGCAUAAACAGGGCAUGCGUAAAUUGUAAAAUUGGUAAGUUGUGAAUAUAGAAAAUAAAUCAUCAAAAUAUAUGUGUCUUUACUGAAUGUCCAUACAAGUCAAGUAAGAUUUCCUUAGUUCAAUGGGGCGGUGGUUAAAGCGUUCGCUCGUCUCGCCGAAGACCCGGGUUCG